AACAUUGUGCUGUCUUUAUGCUAGUGCCUCCUAGCUGCUGUUACCAAAUCUGUGGGCUGCCUCUCUAUGAACUAAUUUCAAAUAACUUGGAACCAUCCCCAGUGUUUGUUAAGCAAGCAUAUUCAAAGCGUAGAAAGAAUGUAUUGCUUGAUUAUGUGCAAAAGAAGUCUAAGUUUCGUAGGAAUUACCUAUCCCAGACGAACUGGAAACGCAAGCAGAGCUCUGAAAUAAGUACUGUGAUGACAGUGCGACAAAAGAGUAAAAUAUCAGGAGUCCCCAUGUCUAAUGAUCAGCAUUUUGCUACUGCUGAGGAAACUGUUGGGCAGAAUAGUAGGACAAGCAAACAGGACAAGAUGUCAAUAGGAGACCUGGGAAGUUGGAGAAGCUGUGAUCUAUAUCCAGCAGCUGCAGUUGCACCUUUCAAACGAAAACGUGGUGGGGAGCAGCUUGAGAUUUCAGUCAAAAGGGUGAAGAUAACAGCAGAAGAGCUGGAGAAAGAAACUGAGAGCUUUGGUUCUAAUGUAGACAAAAACAAAUCCCAAGAUGCUGGCUCGGAAUACGUAGAAUCAUUUCCUCAAGGGAGUGAGGGUGGUUCAUCAAGAGUGCCUGCUCCUCAUCAAGCAUUAGACACUCAUGAUAGCCGGAAGUUUGUGGCAGAUAGUGAGAAUUCAUUUCUGCUACAUGAUCAGAGUAACAAGCUUUCUAAACCUAGAACCAAAACAAGGACAAAAUCCAACAGAGAGCAAGACGCCUGUAAAUCUCCAGCUGGUUCUGCAGAAGUCGCACAAGUGGAAGAUGAUUCUUUAAAAUACAGAGGCCUUAAAAAGAAUCCAACUGACUUAGCUAAGAAGUUACCAAAGAAAACUGUAUGGUCUGCCGUGUACAUUAGGACAAGCUCUCUCUUAUAUUCUCUCAGAAGCUUCCAAGAAGGUUUUCCUAAACCAUUUUUACUGAACCGCUUAAAGUGCUCCCCAAAAGGGGGUCAGCAACUUGUAGAAGCCAUAUUCCUAAAUGGGAAUACAUUGCAGCAAAAGUGCCACCAGAACCCACUGAGGCACAGAUGGAGAAAGAAGAGAUUUCCCAAACGCUACUGGCAGAUGAGGAAUGUGUUUCAAGAACUGUUAAAGAACCAUGCCAAGUGCCCCUAUUUAGUACUUUUGAAAAAGAAUUGUCCUGUUCAGCUGUCUGAGGCCAGCUCAGGCAAAGUUGACCCAUUGCAUCAGUCACCAACAUCUGAGGGGACACAAAUUCCCAGGCAAGGGGAAGAUCCUCUUAGGGAAGGGCCAGGUUCAUGUCCGAGAAACAGCUGUGGAGAAGGCAGCAGAGAAGGCGGUGCAAGUGAUUCUCGUCCACUUCUGAAAAGGACCUCAACUGAUUCAAGCACGCUCCCUGAAAAACCUUUAUUGGGGCACAGUCCUCAAGACCUCUCCGAUUCUGCCUUCAGGGAGCUCCUUAAGCAGAACAGCAAGCACUGGCAGGUGUAUGUUUUUGUGAGGGAAUGUCUAGAGCGAGUAGUCCCUGUGGAGCUGUGGGGUUCUAGCCAUAACAAAUGCCGGUUCUUCAAAAACGUAAAAAGGUUCAUCUCCUUGGGAAGGUUUGCCAAGAUCUCUUUGCAUGAGCUGAUGUGGAAGAUGAGAGUGAACGACUGUGCGUGGCUUCAUCUGAGCAGAGGUGGUCGUGUUCCUGUCUGUGAACACCAUUUCCGGGAAGAACUUUUGGCAAAAUUCCUGUACUGGCUGAUGAAUGCCUAUGUCAUAGGGCUGUUCAGAUCAUUUUUCUAUAUUACUGAAACCAUGUUUCAAAAGAACAUGCUUUUCUUCUACCGGAAGGUUAUUUGGAACAAGUUAGAGAACAUUGGAAUUAGAAACCAUUUUGCCAAAGUGCAUUUGCGUGCCUUAUCUGCAGAGGAGACUGAAGCUAUACAGCAAAAGAAAUAUAUUCCUGCAGCAUCAAAACUCCGGUUCAUCCCCAAAAGAAAUGGAUUACGACCUAUAGUAAAAAUGGACAGUUUUGUUGGCUCAAAAAAGUUUAGCAAGGGAAGGAGAGACAGGAAGGCUCAUUAUUUCAACACUCGACUUAAAAACCUGUUUAGUGUUCUGAAUUAUGAAAGUACUGUAAACUCUAGUUUCCUGGGCUCCUCAGUGUUUGGGAAAGAUGAUAUAUAUAAGGCAUGGAAGAAUUUUGUUUCCAAAGUUCUUGACUCGAAUGACAGAAUACCUCACUUUUAUUUUGUAAAGGCUGAUGUCUCUGGGGCUUAUGAUACCAUUCCUCAUGAUAAACUGGUGGAAGUGAUCUUACAGAUCCUAAAUCCUGAGGAGAGAACAACCUAUUGCAUACGACGCUAUGCAGUGAUUAAAAUGUGUACAAAUGGACAAGUCAGAAAAUACUACAGAAGACAUGUUGCUACUUUCAAGGAUUUUAUUUCAUACAUGGGACCAUUUGUGUCCAGUCUGCAAGACAGUACUUCACUGGAAAAUGCCAUAGUCGUCGAACAGAGCCUAUCUUUUAAUGAGACAAGUUCCAGCCUGUUUGAUUUUUUUCUACAAACGAUCCGUAACAACGUCCUGGAAAUUAAGGGCAGGUGCUAUUUACAAUGUUGUGGAAUUCCACAAGGCUCCAUUUUAUCAACUCUGCUCUGCAGUUUAUGCUAUGGAGAUAUGGAAAACAAAUUGUUAUGUGGAAUACAGCAAGAUGGAGUGCUUAUACGGUUAAUUGAUGACUUUUUGCUGGUCACUCCUCACUUAUCACAAGCCAAAAAUUUUCUGAGGACUCUGGCAGCAGGAAUUCCUGAGUACGGCUUCUCAGUAAACUCUGGUAAGAUGGCGGUGAAUUUUCUAGUUGAUGAUGAUGAUAUCCCAGGAUGUUCCCAGUUCAAACAGUUACCAGAUUGCCGUAUGUUCCAGUGGUGUGGUUUAUUACUAGAUACGCAGACCCUUGAGGUUUACUGUGACUAUUCCAGUUAUGCGUCUACUUCUAUCAGGUCAAGUCUUGUCUUCAAUUCAAGCAGAACAGCAGGGAAAAAUAUGAAAUCCAAACUGAACACAGUUCUGAAGCUCAAAUGUCAUAGUUUAUUUCUGGAUUUACAGAUCAACAGCCUUAGAACAGUUUUCAUGAACGUUUAUAAGAUAUUUUUGCUGCAGGCGUACAGGGUGAAUGGAAAUGAUUAAUAAUUGACAGCUAGCUGAAAAAAGGACUUUUAAUGCUGAUGCAUUGAAUGUUGGUCUUCACCCUUGCAUAUGGGGUGGAGCAAGUUGAGGGCAAUGGGAAGGAAAGGCCAAAACUUCAAGAAUGGGGGACAAGGUAGUACAGACAGUCCUCGACUUACGGCGUUUUGCACUUGCGGUGCUCCACCAUUUACACCCAUGUUAUUACUUACGGCGCUGGAUCCUCACACUUACGGCAUUACAGGGAAAUUUACAGUGAGAAAAAGAGGGCAGCAAAACAAACAUCCCUGGAUCAGCUUCUCAAAAAACCAUCAAGUGGCCCUCAGUCUCCCCAAAGAAGCCCUUUUGUAUUCCAUGACCCUGAUGAAAGUGUUCCUUCACCUUCUGAUUAAAUAAAAUGUUAUGUAAUUAAUUACUGUAUUGUCCUGUUUAAUCAAUUUAUAUACAG